AUGAAUUCAUGCCCAGAGUUAAUCCGCGGGUUGGAGUGCAGUGAUCACAUUGCAGGCAGCUACCUCGCAAGUGAGUCUAGAUUUCAACACUUACAGCACGGAUCCGGGUUCGCUAAAAUGAGCUGCGCCGGAGAAGGGCGAUAUUCGGUUUCCAAGGAUUUCAAUUUGCACCAAUCACCUUACCCCGCUCUGAACCCCACCUCCGCCGCGCAACAGCCUAACGUUCACCCCACGCCGUCCUGUAGUAGCGUCCCGGCCGGGAGUCUCUCCUUCAGCCUGGGGACACCUGCCCGGGCCGCCUUCACUCAUCAGCAGGAGUACGUUUCUCCUCCGACCUACCUCCACCACCCGUAUUCCAGUAGCCAUGAGAUGGACUUUACCGCCGCGGGCUACGGCUCGAGUUGUGCGCAGCCGGCGAGUUUUUCUGGGUAUCAGUCCGGGUUAGGAGCGCUGGACCAGCGGCAGUAUCAGGCUUGCGCGCACGACGGGACGAGUCUGCCCCUGGCCCACAGCCGCUCCCCCGGCCAGUCCCCCGGAGACGGGAGGGAGUCUCCUCAACCGCACAGAAGUUACGGCGGCGGGAGCAAAACUUUUGAGUGGAUGAGAGUGAAGAGAAACCCGCCCCGCACAGUAAGGCCGGCGGUAACUUGCAGCAGCGACUACCCGGGAGACGACCUCACGAACAUCAACAACAACAACAGCGGUAGCCACGGCAACGGAUGCGGUGUCCUCACCCCGGGCGCCGCGAGGACCAACUUCACCACCAAGCAACUGACCGAGCUCGAGAAAGAGUUCCACUUUAACAAGUACCUGACGCGCGCCCGGCGGGUGGAGAUCGCUACCGCGCUGCAGCUGAACGAGACCCAGGUCAAAAUCUGGUUCCAGAACCGACGCAUGAAGCAGAAGAAGCGAGAGAAAGAGGGCUUGAUGUGCGGGUCAGCCCUCUCCUCUUCGUCCUCCUCCUCCUCCUCCUCCUCCUCCUCUUCCUCCAGCGGCCAGGAGGACUCCCCCUCGGAUAAAUCUGACAACAGCGCGUCCCGGACACCUUCUCCGCCGCCUCCCAGCUCCAGACCCGAAGUCACAGCUCCUACACCGCUCCCUUUGUGAGUUCCGACCCUUCUUUGCAACGAAUGACUUAUAGGUUGCUGAGCUACAGCUGCAAUGGGACCGUAUUUACAUAUAUCAUUUUUUUAGGUCUUUUUCAACCCCCAGAAAACUAUGGGUGGCUAUCCCAAUAUAAACAUAAACUAAAACCAGUUCUAAUUCGAAUCAAUGGGGAUUCGAUUAGAUCCUUCCAAUUUGGAAUCCCUGGUUGCAUUCUAAUGCUUCUAUUUAUGUAUUUAUUUUGGAGUGUACAGUAAGUGCAGCACGUAUGGGAGGGGGGUGCAUUACAAACCGGGUCGCUGGAUGUUAAUUCGAGUUCGCCUGAGCUACUGGUUUCUUUAGUGAUUUUCCGGGCGUGUGUUGGGCAUUGCAGUGUAAGCGCAUCAGCACCCAGAUCCUUGCUUUCUUAACUGCAGUGAAAAAAAAAAUGCAUUGACUUUUUAUUAGCUGGCACGCUGACAGAUUACUGUGACGUCACGCAGAGGAGCCUGGGUGCGUGCACGGUGUUACAAAACAGACCUGGGCACUCUGAGCACUCUGAUUGGCUGCGCCGGGUUCCAAGCCCAUCCAAUGGUCUCAAUACAGCCGCGCUGGUUCGGAUCAGGACCUCCUGAUAGCCUCAUGUUACUAAUAUAUGAUUUAUUUUUGUAAAGCCGUUUUUUUGUAAGCACAGCUGAAGGCGAGAUAGACAGUCCACGUCUCCACACCUUGUUCAUACAACACACAGCAGUGUGCCAAUGUAUCGGAAUAAACUCCAGAUGUGUCAUUUAUAACCUUCCUAUACUCCCUGCAUGAAAACCUCUGAGGUGAGGAUUUCUGCUCAGUAAUCGUGACACAGAAACAACAGGCACUCGUGUGUGAAAAUGUGACACCGCUUUGUGCUUUAAUCAGGCACCUUAAAUAACUUCAAAGCCUCCUGCGUUUCACCACGUGUGGCUCCGUGUUCCUUUUCUCUUGCUGUUUUAAAUCAAUCGCGUGUGUGGUCUGUUAAAAUCACCAAUUAAAUUAGACAAUCGCUAAUUUGCUUAUUUUGCCAAUUUACCAAGAUCUUCAGUUCCAGUGGUAUGAUUUCAUACGCACAGCGAAUCAAAACCACCCAAUACAUGCGCGCGUGUGUAUAUUCCUGACAUUGUGUAACCAUACUGCCGCGAUUCUUAUUCGGGUCAGUUUUCAAAAGUCAUUCUGAAGGGCUGCGCGCCCACGCACGCAGCUGUACGCGAUGUUAACCAGUCUGUUUGGAAAGUGUGCGAUUCAUAUAAAGCGUUAUCCCUGUUGCAGUUAAAAAAAGGAUCAAACUCGAGUAACCUUUUAAACAUUACAAUGAAGGUGAUUAACCUUCAGCCCCGUCCAAUGCGUGGAAGAAGAAGAAAUUGAUCUUUAUUUUAACUCUCAUUUGCACCGAAUGUGUUUAUAAAUAUAAAAAAAAGCAUUCGGGAUAAUCAACGCGAGAAGUUACUAAUUAUGUGACAAUCAAGUUGUGAUUUUUCUUUCAUAUUAAAUUAAUACAUAAAUAAAUAACUAGCCUUAUCUUAUUUUUGUGGCAUGGUUUUGCAAGCCGAUAAUCUCCACUCCUUCGUGGCCUCUGUCGUAUAAAUCAAAUGCCGGACCUCAACACUGUAUUAAAGAGGUCUUCGCUGUUCUUGUGCAGAUUGCAAUGCUUUCGCAGUAUGUUUGGUUUCUGCAAAGCAACGGGGCAAGCUGCUGCUGUAUAAAGCGAUUCUGAUCGUGGUGCAAAAGUACAUUUUAAAAUCCCAUCUUGUUUUGGUAGCAGUUGCAAAAGUCCCCGAUGCACAACGCAAGAUAACUUGGAAGCAGUCGGUACAGACCUAUCAGCUGAAUUAUAUUUUUAAAACCCGUAAAAGCUUUCUAACGUGUGCAGAGUUUCUGUUGGUUAAUCGGAAUACAGAAAGGAUGCUAUCUGAUGCUCUGGCUUCAGCUUUACAACCAAAUAUCCCAAAUCAACCCCGAGAACAAAUUCAACACUGAUUUAAUUUACAGAGUUACAUUUCCUUGUGUUUUUUUGUUAUUUUAAAUAGACCUAUACAUACAGUCACACGUUGGAGAAUCGAGCGUGAAUAAUGUUAUUUUGAAAGCAUAAAACUGUAAUAUGAAAGAAAUGAAAUGCGCCACAAAACAAUUGAAAGGACAGUAUUGCAUUUCUCAUCAAAUAAAGUCAGACUCGCAUAAUGAUACAACAACGAGGCUGCGUUUUAUUUGAAUUGUGUUCGUCAUGAGUUACACUAACACUCUUUAUUUUUAUGGAGCGCGUGUACAAUCUGUUUUCUUACAAGCCCGGAUCACACGCUGUGAUUUAGGGACCCGAAACCGCUUUUUAAUUCCGCCGGGCGAGCUCUUUUGCAUGUCGGUCGCAUUUAGUCCCCUUUUAAACGUUUGCAGCGUGUAGGGUACCAUGCAUUCCCCUGCACGAGCGUGUAAAUUCCACCCCUGUCACUCGCGCUGCCAUUUCUGUCUUCAAAGGUCACUGUCUAAAUAUAUAUAUAUAUAUAUAUAUAUAUAUAUAUAUAUAUAUAUAUAUAUAUAUAUAUAUAUAUACAAAACAAGAAUGCGUCGAAAGAGAUCGGCUAUCCAGCACCGUACAGCGGUUUAAUGAUACAUAAGCCAUCUUUCUAAUCUCUGCUAAAUACACCAGAAGAACACACUGUUUAAUAUUUAAAUCUUAUGUGUAAAAGAUUUUAAAAAUUGUUUUUUUUUUAAAUUUAGAAUAUUCUUUUACGUUCACUUAAAAAAAAACACGGAUGUGAACAUAACUGUGUGAAGUAUGCGUUUAUUAUUAUUAUUAUUAUUAUUAUUAUUAUUAUUAUUAUUAUUAUUAUUAUUAUUAUUAUUAUUAUUAUUCAGCUAUGUUACCUGUUAAUAAACAGAAAAACUGACCCGAAAAACCAAAAAUGUAAUUAAACCGUGACUUUGAAAAAUAAAAAUAAUGAAAUAUUAUAAUUAGUUUUAACUCAAAAGAAAGUACCUUAUUUUGUGUGUGUGUGUGUGUGUGUGUGUGUGUGUGUGUGUGGGUGUGUGUGUGUUUCCUUUCAGAGCCUUAAGAUUUGUUGCAUAUCUUUAACAGGUAUAUGAUAUGAUAUCCAUAGCUAUCUGCACUAUCUUUACAAAAUGUGAUCCCUGCAGUGUGUUUAGGUUCUGCCAGCGUGUUUGCUCGAACGCUGCUGCGUUAGACUUUACAAUCGUACAGAACGAUGCGGGCAUUUCAUUAAAAAAAAAAAAAAAGUUUGGAUAAAGAAAGCGUAAGAUAUUUAUUUUCUUUAAUUGUAUUGUACAUAAAGAUCAUCCUUUGAUUUACUUAAUGUGUAAUGUAUUUAAUUUAAAAUGCUUGAAGCUGUUCAUAAAGAACCAUUUCUAUAUUAUUAUUAUUAUUAUUAUUAUUAUUAUUAUUAUUAUUAUUAUUAUUAUUAUUAUUAUUAUUAUUAUUAUUAUGAUUAUGUUGUUGUUGUUGUUGUAAUGUAUCGGACUGUAUUUCAUGUUUUUGUUUUCUAAUCGUGCACGGUUAGUUUUGCAAAAUGUGUACGACCGACAAAACUCCAGAAUGCCUCCCAGGGAUAAAGGAGGGAUGUCGGGACUGUUGGACAGGAUGUUCUGGGGGGCGGACGCGUGCACAAGGUUUUCUGGAUAUAAACAAAAAAACAAGUAAAAACGACUACCUCUGCGGUGAAGACUAUCAAAGGAUCAUACGGGUUUUUUUUGUUCUUGUGUACGUAAUUACCUGUGCAAAUAAAGUUCUCUGAUAAGUAUUGCGCUGUGUGUGAUUGAUGUCACGAGAAACACGUGCUCAGGUGAUAUUUCAUUAAGGGAUCACUGUGUUUACAUCAAACUUGUUUUUCCUAAUCAAACAGUCCCUUUGUUGAUGCGCACGCUAUAUUACAGAACUGAUUCCUACGGGCUUUAUCAUUUACUGAGAUAUGCGCCGAAAACAAAACCCCAAAAACUGUCCAAAGCUACAAGGACCAGCUAGAACAAGCCAAACGCAUUAUGGAUUCCGGUGUACUGACUUUGGGAAUCGCGUAUCAAGAUCUGCGUUUCACUAUAAAUACACGAAACGCUGUGUGAAGCGAUUCAUCAAUAAGAAGGAUAGUUUUUAAAUAUUGGACAGGGUAAAGGGGCACGUUUCAAACAGGAUAGGCUUCACGUUUUACGCUUGAAAUGACGUUGCAGAGUGAUCGUGGUGGACUGAACCGCUUUUUAAUUUCAUGGUCCACUGUUGC